GCAGUAAAACUUGAAUAUCCUGGAAUCCGUCACUGGUCAAUCCUGGGAGGAGAUUUGCAAAAAACAAAUCCCUUUAUCGUUUGAGAGCAGGGGAGGUUGUCCCCUAUGGCUCUCCGUAGCAGCUGCACCCUUUUUGGAAUUCCGGCUAUGAGACACAGAGGACCUAGGAAGAGGAGGAGGGAGGCACAGAGAACGAAACAGAGGAAGGCAGACCACACCAAUUGUGUGUGUGAACAGCACCAUUCAAGCUACUUCCUACCUGAAGGAAAGGUGAGAGGGAGAGGGAACUCCGAGCUGGGAAAACGGCGAAGCUGGAAUUUGUAGGACGGGAGAAGGAUACUGGAAAGUGACAACGUUGAAUGGAGUUAAAGGGUUAAGGAUCUGGGAAGAUUAAAGAAGACAAGUCGAAUGUAGGAAGACAAGCUGGUGGGGAAAAAAAAAAAAAAGUCCAUGAAACCGAAUGUGGAAAAUGUUUGUGUGGUAGGAGACGAGACAAAGAAAGUGUGAAGAAGUGUCCGGAGAAGAAUGCUUUGAAGGCGCGGAAAGACUGAGGAAGAGGAGAGGGGAGAGAGCUCCAACGUUUAAACCGGUUCAGGAAUUAUCUCUACCAAAAAAAUAAUUACCGUCAUCCAAAAAAAAAAUUCUUCGCCUCCCUCCUCUACAUCACGAAAAACACUUAAGAAGAUGUUCAUCUACCAGUCUAUGAAGUGGCCGUCUCCAUCAUCCUUCCUUCCCAAAUUGUUCCGUUCCUCACAAGGUACUCCAUCACAUCCAGAAACAUCUCCCCAAAAACCUAAACGAUGGACUUUCCCGGUACUGCCUUUACCGAGUAUACCAAACUUCAGCUUUCUUCUUCCCACUCUGAAAAGUGUCCGGAAUGCAAAUACAAAAAUCUCUUCUGAUUCUAAUAUAGAGUUUGAACACUUUCAGAUCUGCAUCAACUUGGUCCAUCACAUCAUAGACAUCUGCGCCUCUGGGUGUCUGUGGCUUUUCGCUCCAGUAUUUCGUAUUACUUUGGAUAUUUUUGGUUUUCAAGGAGCUCUCAAGCUGUGGAUCCAUGGAAUUGCCAUUUUCUUGGCUACAACGUAUGGCAUGUAUCUCCUUCUUUGGCUAGCCCAGGAAUAUAUUUUCCAGUUGGCUUCUUUUUAUGGUAUUUUACAGACGUUGGUAUUGAUCGUGAGCUUAAAGGCAGAGCAAGAAGCAGGGAGAGGGGAGCAUGAAGAAGAAGCAGAAAGGUUAAGUGACCGUAAGGAUGAAGUAGAAAGUGAAGAGGGACAUGGAGAGGACAGAUGGGCUGGUGGAGAAGAUGAGGAUGAGGAUUAUAAUAAUGAAGGAGUCUCCCAAGAUGAGUGGGAGAGUGAAGGAGAGGAGGAAGUAGGGCACGCCUGAAGAAACUUGAAGAACUCUUUUUGACUGAUUUACGUAUGAUGUAAACUGGUCUUCAGAACACGGUCCGCAAAAAAGACAAGCAUAUUUUAACUACCGAAAACCCACGAUACAAAAAGACACACGACUGUGAAGAUAUUGACAAAGUCUUUUGUCACGAGAAGGACUCAGGAAGUCAAUAAUUUAUAUAUUAUUAUUCUUCUCAUAAUAAUAUUUUUAAGGAAUUUUAUAUCUUUUUGUGUCUACAAGGCUUCCUGUAGUGAGUUGUUGCUUUACUAAACAGUAAUGUGGGACCAUUGUGCUUUAAGAUGUUGGGAACUAGAAUUGGAAGGUCACAAACUUGUCUACUGGAAUUUCUUAGUGAAGGUCUUUGUCCACACAACAGGGACCAGAGGGGAGAACCACUACAGGGAUCAUCGCUCCUUCUGAGCCAAAGAUGGUUGGAGAUGGUCUAUAGACUAAGAGACAAGAAGAUAGUAACUAUAUUUUACAUGAUGUAUUAGGCAAGUGCCUUGUUUCUCUGUAUGGUACAUGGAGCACUGGACUAGUCGCUUCAUACAAUAUUAACUUUGACAGUACUCAGGACAGUCCCUAUCCAGAUGUUGUGACAAUGGAGGCAAGAACGCACUACUGUGAUGUGUAAAAGUAAAUUUUUACAACACUGAAUAGAGAUUUUAUUUAUGAUGGGUCUGCGUGAUGUUUUAUAGUAAAAAUUUUACCUCUUUA